GACGGGUAAGAAGCUGUAGUGGCAGUUUGUAUGAGACUGUAUUGCACUACCUACAGUCACAGACUCUGAUAUACUUCUGCAGGGUUUCCCUCAAUGAGCAAUAAGAGAGUAUUUUGUUCAUCCCUAUCUGUCCUAUAAUGUCUUUGUCUAAUUAUGCCUUGAGGAUGGCCCGGCUGAGUUCUAGGAUCUUUGGAGAAGUAGUUAGGCCGACAGACGACAAAUCAAUGAAAGUGGUAAAACUAUUCAGUGAGCAACCGCUAGCAAAAAGGAAAGAGGUGUAUGACUGGUACCCCCAGCACAAUGUGUAUGUGAAUCUCAUGAGGACUCUGCGACACAUUGGCUUAUACAGAGAUGAGCACGAGGAUUUUAAGGAAGAGAUGCGACGGCUUAGAAAAUUACGUGGAAAAGGCAAGCCCAAAAAAGGCGAGGGAAAACGAGCUCUUAAGAAGAAAUGAGAGCAAUUCAAUGUUUGGACAUUCAAGCAAAUUGAGUGGCUCAAAAGCACACAGCUCCAAAUCAUACCCAUUAGUAAUAUAAUGCUUCAGUGGAAAGUGUUCUCUAUUUAUUUGGGACUUCACUAUGGUCAAGAAAUGUAAUGUUUUUAAGCCUGUGAAUUCCAUCAUCUGAUCCUAAGAAAAGUUUGGGUGCACUAACAUAAAGUUGUACAAAUGUGUAAAAAAAAAAAAAUACAUCUUAUUUUGUACUAUUGCGGACUGUUCUCUUUAUGUCAUUCAUCUGUAUAAUUGUUAACAUGGAAGUGACAGUAAAGUCUAAAUUUAAACUUUUCUAAUUCA